AUGGCUCCCACCGGCCCCAUCACUACACCGAUAACCCAGCUGUUGGGCAUCCAGCACCCAAUCCUCCUCGCCGGGAUGGCACGCACGUCCGGUGGGCCUCUCGCGGCAGCAGUCUCCAAUGCCGGCGGCCUCGGCGUUAUAGGCGGUUUCAUGUACACGCCCGACCAGCUGCGCGAGAUCAUUGCUGAGAUGAAGAAGAACUUCAAGUCCCCGGACCUGCCAUUCGGUGUUGACCUCGCCCUGCCACAAGUUGGAGGCAACGCUCGCAAGACGAAUCACGACUACACGGGCGGCAAGCUCGACGAGCUCAUCAACAUCACCAUCGAGUCUGGCGCCCGACUGUUCGUCAGUGCGGUUGGCGUGCCGCCCAAGAGCGUCAUUGACAGGCUGCACGCAGCAGGAAUCUACGUCAUGAACAUGGUUGGUCACCCGAAACACGCCGUCAAGGCGCUUGAUCUCGGCGUCGACAUUGUUUGCGCCCAGGGCGGCGAGGGUGGCGGCCACACGGGCGACGUGGCGAACUCGGUUCUCAUCCCGGCCGUUGUCGACGUCGCGCGGCGGUACCGGCCCGAGAUGCUCAAGGGAGGGCCCGCGCUCGUCAUUGCUGCUGGCGGGAUCUACAACGGCCGCUCGCUGGCGAGCUCGCUGAUGCAAGGCGCCGUUGGCGUGUGGGUCGGCACACGCUUCGUAGCGUCCGUCGAGGCUGGGUGCAGCGAGGAACACAAGCAAGAGGUUGUGUCAUGCGGGUUUGAUGGUACAGAGCGCACGCUUGUAUUGUCUGGACGGCCGUUGCGGAUGAAAACAAAUGACUAUAUCCGCAAGUGGCAUUCGCAGCCAGCCAAGAUCAAGCAGCUUUGCGACGAGGGGGUGGUCCCGAUCGAACUAGAUCUUGAGCGAGGCAACGACAUUGACCCGCCGCAUCUGAUGGGUCAAGUUGCGGGUGCGAUAGACAAGAUCCAACCUGCUGGUGAGAUUGUGGACGAGAUGGUCAAGGAGGCAGUCGAUCAACUGAAGCUCGGACAGGUGUAUUUGGGUCAGCGGAGCAAGCUAUAA